CAAAACCAUUGGCAUUGAUGGGGGUUAAACUAUGUUACAUGAGAAUCUUAAUGCAUCUUCAAUCUUGUAACUUACAAAUACAAAUUUGACUAGUUUUAGUGGUAUCCCAAAGGAGCAGUUCCUGUGUCAUUUUGGCCAACAGCUGCUGACAGGUCUCACCGCUACAAAAUGAACUCACAUUCUUCUUGCAAGCUAAUCUUGGUGUCCUUAUAGAGAGACACCAUCAUAUGCAGAUACUCUGUCCUGCACCCUCCUCCACCAGCUUCCUAGAUUAGACUAACAGUGUAUCUAUCACAUGCCCAGAAGCCUGCACUAAUCCCACAUUCAAGUAUCGAGGCAACGUAAAAACCCAUAAAGGAGACAUAGUGUUACAAGUAUGAGCAACUUUGGGUACCACAAACAGCUUGGCAAGUAUGAGGACAUCGAUGAAGAUGAACUUCUGGCCUCCCUGACAAAUGAAGAAAUCCAGGAGCUGGAGAAGGUUAUGGCUGAAAUUGAACCUGAUACGAACAUACCCACUGGGCUAAGGCAAGAGGACCAGACGGCCAACCAGCCAGUGGGAACUUUUAGCCGAGAGGCUCUGCUGAAGUACUGGGAGGAUGAGACUCACAGAUUGCUAGAGGACAGCAUGGAUGAGUGCCAGACAGAUAAGAGCGAAGAGGAAUGUGGCAGUGAAGAGCCUGAGGAUAAUGAAGAGGAGGGAGAGCAACAAAACUGGGGGCUCAGAACAGGGGGUGAUGGGGAGAAAGAAGCUAGGUCAAGUAAUUGGAAUUUUGUGGACUUGUCCCGAUUAGAUUGCAAGAGGAAUGGCAACAGUGGUCAAAAACCUAAACACAUCCAUAAAGGUGCCCUUCAUCAUCACCACGUUACACCAGAGAGGCCAAGUGGUAACCCCACUGAUAUUGUAAAGACCUUGGAAAACAUCUUGCGUAACGACACCUCCUUGAGUGAAGUCAACCUAAACAACAUUGAGAACAUAUCCCAAGAGGUUUUGGUGAGCUUUGCUGAUGCAUUAAUCACCAACACUCAAGUUGAGGUUUUCAGCCUUGCCAACACCCAUGCAGAUGAUCAAGUAGCUUUUGCCUUGGCCAAAAUGCUGAAGAAGAACUGCAGCAUCACCAACCUUAAUGUUGAAUCCAACUUCAUUUCAGGCAAAGGUAUUCUGGCUUUGACUGGGUCACUUCAGUACAACACAACACUAGUGGAGCUCCGAUUCCACAACCAGCGGCACAUCUGUGGAGGCCAAGUGGAGAUGGAAAUGGUGAAACUGCUUAGGGACAACACCACCCUGUUGAAACUGGGAUACCACUUUGACUUACCUGGCCCAAGGAUGAGUGCAACCGGUAUUUUAACCCGCAACCAGGACCGCCAGAGGCAAAUGCGGCUGCAACAAAAGAGAGAACGAGACGAUCUAGAAAGAAGUGAGAAGCAAUCAAAGACAUGGGACACUGUGGACAAUACGCAGUCCCUUCAGUUCCAGAUUUCAACAGAUAAAGAUGCUACACAAGGGAAGAAGCCCUUGGUCUCUUCUCAUUUACCAAAGCAACCUCACAGUCAACCAAAAGUUGUGAACAAUAUUCCAACUAGAAAAAUCGCUGAAAUGGUCAAGCAACAAGAAGAAACAGCAAUAGAAAAUUUUGAGACUAAUGCAAAUAAAGGACACAAACUCACAAGGGACAAACAUACCAAGAACAUUUUUCAAACUGAAAAACCAGUACCUUUGAGAAGAGAAGAUGAAAGAAAGUGUCUGGGAGGCACCCAGGGGUCAACGCGUGAUGAUCUAUUGGCAUCUAUUCGUAGAAGCAGCAUUGGUACACUAAGAAGGGCAAGACAUUUAGAAUUUGUCCAAGACAAAGUAGGUCACCAAUAAUCAUCAUUCCUGACAUAUAAAACAGCUCAUAUAAAACUGAAACUGUAAAACAAAUAACAGAAAUGAAAACAUUUGUUCUCUUAACUGGCAUUGAAUCUGAAUUAUUUAUACACAAGUGUUUCUCGUAACUUUUCCACCAACUUUGAUCAAUGAGUAGUUUCAACAACUGCUUUGUAACUUACAUAAAAUGAGAAAGAUCAAAUCAAAGAAGAAAAUAGUUCUUUUAAUAGUACUUUUAAAGCCGAUUGCCAUAUUUCAGAUUCCAAAGUAUCCGUCAUGCAACUAGUUGAGAGGCUGAUCCUGUUUGAUCCAGAAAUUUUAGUCAUCAAAGAUGCACAGGUAUGCAAGCAGUAUUUACAUAAGUAGGGUACUAAAAAGAAAAGCACCAUAUCUCAGGUUUGUAAAUAGUACCAUUUAUUUAAGUAUAGAAUUUAGUGUUUUCAUUCCACAUUCCAACCCUCUUGUAACAUUUGAUGUCAAUUAUACAAUUUUUUCAGCACUAUCCUUUCAGGACAAGGACAGCAAAUUCAGUUCAGACAGACAAUACUGUUAAACCAGCAUUAAUUGUACAUAAAGGUUUGUUGUUGUUUUUUUCCAUUGCCUUAAAUGUAGUUGUCAGUCUAGCAUUGACCUGUAAAAGCGUGUAACAAAUGGAAGUUUAAAUUGUUUAUUUUUUGUGUGUGUGUGUUUUUUGUGAAGUGCUUUUUUUCUGUUGUUUUUUUUUUUUCUUGAUAUGACUGAAAUUCUAUAUUUGUGAAUUGAUGGUUUUUCACAUUCAGGAGCAAGCUGUACUCACGACUUUGCCAGUUUGAAUCUACCGUAUAUUAUUUUCUUGUUAAUAAAGUGAAACCAAAAACUCAGAACUGUCUACUCUUUGACGUGCAAUGUAGUGUGACACUGAUCGUGAUUACCACAGAAAUCAUAUUUAACGUGUUCAGCCAAUGUGUUCUCAUCCUGUAAUGAAUUUCUUUUUGUUAUUCGUGCAAAAAUAUAUAUAGCCUCAAUAUAUCAGCCUGGUGUACAUUUACAAGGGAAACAAUACAGGGGACAUACAUAUUCUGAUAGGAGAACCUCUUACCAAAUCUAAGAAUGCUAAACUAGGAUUUGAAUAAGAAAAUCGAAGGUACAGAAAAGUAGGGUAUGAAAAUAGUGUUAUCUAAAUCAUUAAUCAACAAUUAAUAAGGACAUUGAGCGUCCUGUCCAUCUCCCUUUCCCCACUCACAGGGGAACAAAAACAUUCAGGUCAACACAUCAUGAAUCCUGGCAUAAAACUUCACAUGGUUAUUCCAGGAGAUUAUUUUACAGAGGAUAAAUGACAAUACUUUACAGAUUACAUGAGGUAUUGCACAGAUUAUUAAAAAAAAAAAAAAAAAAAAAAAAAAAAAAGCAAAAAGGCAACAAAAA